CGUUUUUGGUCGCUUAGCGCACACGUCGAACUCGAAUCAGAUCAGAAGUUCAUUCGUUGAUUUCAACUGGUAAAAGGGCUUUUUAACAAGAAAAAAAUCAAACAUCAACCACCGAAGAAGUCCCUAGUCCACAGAAGAAAGAGAUCGAUAAUUAUUGGUUGAAGUUUUUCUCAGCAUCCAAACACACUGCUAAAGUUAAAUUUCUCUGUCAAAUGGAAUAUAACACGGUGAAGUCGCCAGAAGAAGAAAGAAUGUUAGUAACAGAGGAUGCACCACCGCAGCAGCCGCCGCCGCCGCCGCCGCCAAAGGAAAGCGGCGUUGGAGGAUGGGGCGGUUGGGGUUUCUCCCCUUUCUCAGUUCUUUCAGAUCUUCAAAAGGCCGCUACUGUUGCUGCUGAAGAGAUCUCUCGCAAUGGCUUGCACAGAGUUGGCGACUUUACGUUGGAGGUAUUUUAGAUGCCACGAUAGAAUUUGUCCUAGUACCCAGGCUGUUGAGGUUGCCAAGACUGCAGCUAAGAGCAUUGCAGAUGUUCAGAAUGGGGUUGAAGACUCAGAAUCUUCUAAGGAGGAUAGCAUGGAAGAAUCUGCAACUGAAGGAGCUAAUGAAGAUGAGAGUGACCAGCGGCGUAAGGCUGCUUUGGAGAAACUGGAAAAAGCUAGUGAGGAGUCAUUUCUUGGCCAGGGUUUGAAGGUGAUUGACAAUUCUGUGGAAAAUUUUGCUUCAGGAGCAUGGCAGGCACUAGGAAGUGCAUGGAGAGGGGGUUCUAAUUUGGUUCACAAGCUUGAGCAUUCUGCUACAAACCUCGCUGAAUCUAUUCAGCAAGGUGGUCUACCUGCGACAGCUGGUUCUGCUGCACCAUCCUUAUUAGAGACUGGAAAAGCUUUUACUGCAAAGGGAAUGCAAGUGCUUGAGCUUGUAGGUAAGGAGACCAUGGAUCUUCUGAUCACAGAAACUGGUAUCGAAGUAGAGAAGAAUCAAAAGGAAUCCGAAGAACAUGUUGAUGAAGAUCAGUUGUUUGACGAAGUGACGUUUGAUAGGUGUUUCUACAUAUAUGGUGGUCCAGAACAGUUGGAGGAACUGGAGGCAUUAUCCAACCAUUAUGCACUGUUAUUCAACCGAAGAAAAGUGAAGCUAUCAUCUGAACAGAAGUCUUUUUAUGACGGAAAGCUUAAACAGGUCCAGCAAAUUUUCAGUUUGAGUUCUGAAAUUGAUGUAAGUUGCACAGAGUCUGAAAAAGGAAAGAAAAUCGAGACUAUAGCUGAGGGCAGCACUGAUGAGAUAAAGAAUUUACAUGAUUUAAGUGUCAGUAAGGCUGCUGAAAUGGCUGCAGGCUUCACGAAUGCUUUAGCAGGACUAAAUGCAAAUGACAUAAUUCAAAGAACUGCAGGGAGAUUAGAUUCUCUUCAUUCAGAAGGGGUUCAUAGGCUUUCAGAGAUGUGCUGUUUUGCUGUGUCUCAGCUUCUGAUGCUUGGAAAAUCCAUCAUAUCCAGUGCAAACAAAGUUCAGGAUGAAGAUGUUGAUGAAGAUAUGUUGAAUAUUGUUUGGCCUGAAGAUUCUAUUGAAAAAGCUAAGAUAAUCAGAACGAAGGCACAAUCAAUGACUGGGAAUGUGGAAGCAGUCUCCAACAGUUUUAUCACUGGAAUAUCCGAUGUAGCUGAAGCUUACCUAGCAGCCAUAAAAGGUGCUACUGCUGAUUCUGAUGAAGUUCUUCAACAGAAGUCAAUCCAGGAAAAAGCCGGUGCCUUCUCUGAAAAUCUUCGCACUGAUCGGACUACAGCUGUGGGCAAAAUUCAGGAUGGGCUGCAAUAUUUGUCUUAUGUAGUUCUUUCGACCUCGAUGCCUGCUGCUUGAGAGACCUUGAGAAAUUCUCAAGUUCUCUAUCUGUAAAUAGUUGCAUUCUAAGAUGGGAGUUUAACCCUAAUGUCGGUCCAAACUCUGCUCUAUUACUGUGUUUGGACUCUUCCAAUAAAUGGAAGAAACACGAGCCUCUUCUUAAUCUCUGCUGUUGGUGGGAAAAUACAUAUACCUUUCUUAAACUUUGUAACACACUUUUUUCACGAUCUUUUCUUUUCUUUUCUUUGGAGUUAAUAGACUUGUCAUGCAUUAUAAAGGGCGAUUCUGUGGGGGUAUUUGUGUAUUUUCAA